AUGAGGCGGCGAAGAAGAAAGCGGAAUAUUUCCAGUCGAAUAUUCCCAUGGGGAAAUUUGUACACAAAAAUUGGUGCUUUCAUUGAGAGCACGAGUUAUACUCAACGCGUGCUCAAGGAAUCCGUUCCUCCUAUUUUCCAAUCCAUAGAAGCCUUCCAAACAACCAUGGUUGGAAGCAAGAAGACGAGAGACAAAGCCGCCGCGAUGGCUAAAUCCACGACGGCCCAAAGCCACUCCACCCACAAUCCCGCGAUCGACAUGGUGGCACCACCACCUCUCACCACCUCACCAACACACCGGCCGCCGCCGCCGCGAACAUGGUGGAACCUCUCAUCAAGAUGGGGCUGUUACAACCACCGACUUAGGCCCGGUCUUGGAGCAACUUCAAGCGUUCCCUCCAUUGCCUCCACGCUCGACAAUGGACGACCAAAGCAAUCUGAUGAGGCAACUCCUCAACCAAAUAAGCUUGGCUCAAAACCUUGGCCUUGGACAACUGGGCGAAGAGAGAAGGAUGGACAAACGCACGGUAGGCAGCUCGACGGGUAUCAAACAGGUCGAGCAGGAGUGAGCAGACAAGGCGAGGGACAACAACAUGAUCGGCUUACCGACAUGUCGCAAGCAUCUGCAAGCCGCACUCAGAGCAGAUUAAGCUUAAGGAACAACGUGCACGAAGGCUGGGCCCACGACUUGACAUCCGUGCCCGCUUGGGUCCGCAAGGAAAUGUACAUAAAGGCUAGGCCCCUAGGGAGCUGGACAACCCUCACAAUGAGGACUAUGAGGAAAGGCGCUCUCGCUACUCACUCUCAAAGAGUUGAUUCUCGUCGGCAAGCUACAGAAAAUCCUUCGCAAGCGCAGUCCAAUAACACGCCCCUAGGCAGCGCAGCGAGAAGGUUGACCACGCAGACAACGAGGAGGUCAAUCAGCAUCGCCCAAACUCGCGAAGACCUGAAGACCGGUGGGAAUUUGAAGACGCACUACGUAAGAGAUGGACCAGGCAAACUCCACACCUUUCACUGCCGAAAUCGAGCAAGCUGCUCUCCUCCGAAGCGAUUCUCAACACCCACGUUCACACACUUCAAAAGGGAUUCUGAUCCCGAGAGCCACCUAAAACACUUCAAAAGUGUCAUGAUCCUCCACAAGGCCGACGACGCGCUAAUGUGCAAGCUUCAAGGAGCUGGCUUAUGUCUUCACCAAAGAAUACACCUCUUACCGGACAUCAAGAAGAACCCUGACCACCUGUACAACUUGCGCAAGAAGUCCGACGAAUCCCUUCGAGAUUACAUCAAGAGAUUCAAAGCAGAAAAUGCCAACAUUGUAGGAUGUGACGAUCGAAUCGCGUCAUCUGCCUUCAAGAAAGGUCUUCCAGCUAAACAUGACUUGUACCUCGAGCUGACUAUCACUCCUAGCCAGACUCUGGCAGAGGUCUACGCGACCGCAGAACCACAACGCGCUUUGGGAUGA